AUUCACUUCCUUUUUCUUCUUCUUCGAGUUUUUCGAACUUUGCCUUUGAAAUCCAAAGGUUAGGAAUGAAAACCCAUUUCAUGUCUGUUCACAAAAGUAGAUAAUUUCAGAAGGAAAAAAAAAAACCCACCUCAGAACUUCUUUUCUUAGAAGUUUCUAAGAGGUCUCUGUACAGGAAAAAUGGCAGUUUGCACAGUCUACACAACCCCUUCUCUCAAUUCAACCUGUUCAGUCUCCACACCAACAAAGACCCACUUGGGCUUCCACCAGAAACAGGUGUUCUUCUUCUACAACUCUAGCAGGAGAAGCUGCAGGAGAGCCAGCAGCAACAACUCUGAGAUCAUAUGCUCAGCAGAGGAACCUAAGACAGUGGUGAUAGGGUUGGCAGCUGAUUCUGGAUGUGGGAAGAGUACCUUCAUGAGAAGAUUGACAAGCGUGUUUGGUGGUGCAGCAGAACCACCAAAGGGUGGAAACCCAGACUCAAACACCCUAAUCAGUGAUACAACCACUGUGAUUUGUUUGGAUGAUUACCACUCACUUGAUAGGACAGGUAGGAAGGAGAAGGGAGUUACUGCACUUGACCCAAGAGCCAACAAUUUUGAUCUCAUGUAUGAGCAGGUCAAGGCUAUCAAGGAUGGAAUUGCUGUUGAGAAGCCCAUAUAUAACCAUGUCAGUGGUCUCCUGGAUCCUCCUGAACUUAUUAAGCCUCCAAAGAUCUUAGUCAUUGAAGGACUACACCCAAUGUAUGAUUCUCGUGUAAGGGAUCUCUUGGACUUCAGUAUCUACUUGGACAUCAGCAAUGAGGUCAAAUUUGCUUGGAAAAUUCAGAGGGACAUGGCAGAGCGUGGACAUAGUCUAGAAAGUAUCAAGGCUAGUAUUGAAGCCCGAAAGCCAGACUUUGAUGCCUACAUUGACCCACAGAAGCAAUACGCAGAUGCAGUUAUCGAAGUGCUGCCAACCCAACUUAUUCCUGAUGACAAUGAAGGGAAGGUUCUGAGGGUUAGGUUGAUAAUGAAAGAGGGGGUGAAGUUCUUCAGCCCUGUUUAUCUUUUUGAUGAGGGAUCCACCAUUUCAUGGAUCCCUUGUGGAAGGAAAUUGACAUGCUCAUACCCCGGCAUCAAAUUCUUUUAUGGCCCCGAUGCUUACUUCGGUCAUGAGGUGUCUGUGUUGGAGAUGGAUGGGCAAUUUGACAGAUUAGAUGAACUAAUUUAUGUGGAAAGCCAUCUGAGCAACAUCUCUACAAAAUUCUAUGGUGAAGUUACACAGCAAAUGUUGAAGCACUCUGACUUCCCUGGAAGUAACAAUGGAACAGGUUUCUUCCAGACCAUAGUUGGGUUGAAGAUAAGGGACCUCUACGAGCAGAUCAUCGCUAGCAAAGCUGCGCCUCAAGUAGAAGCAACCAAAGCCGCCUGAAAAAUGCAAUUUUGUAUUGGAGUCAUCUCAACAACUAUUCACUUUUA